AUGCACUAUUUGCGCGCGCACCAGGUGCAUUUGAACAGACUAUGCAGUAUUAUUGGGAAAAGUCUACCAAUUAUAUGUUCGCAUCCGUUUCCUUAUAUUUGUACCAAACAUCUCCAUUUUCCAGCUAUGUUCUACGCACAGUUCGUUUUAUCAAAGAAAGGACCACUUGCAAGGAUCUGGUUAGCUGCGCAUUGGGAGAAGAAGCUGUCAAAGGCGCAGAUCUGCGAAACGGAUUUACAAGGUGCAGUAAACGAGAUUGUUAAACCGAAGGUCAAGAUGGCUUUGCGUACCACUGGCCAUCUUUUGCUCGGUAUCGUGCGGAUAUAUUCACGGAAGGUGAAGUAUCUACUAGCAGACUGUAAUGAGACAUUCUUGGGAAUAAGAAAUGCUUUCCGUACUGGUCGGAUAGAAACAGCGGAUGAAAGGGAAGCUGGAGCGAAGACACUCUCAUUGCCAGAGGUCUACCGAGAUUUUGAUUCAACUCUUCCAGACCUUGACGAAAUGGAUUUCGAAAAUCAUCUACAGGUUCCCUUGUUGAUAGUUUUGUUCUCUUCUUUAUAUUUGUUCUCAAAGGUCAAUCAAAGUCGUAUCGGCGAUAUAACACUAUUAGAUGAGCAGAUUCCUGCUCAGUAUCUAUUCGACGCCGCUUUUGAGAACGAUGAAUUUGGAGACAUUGGUCUCGAUCCAAUUCUAACCGCGGUCGACUUUAACUUGUCCGACUUUCCUCCGCUUCCAAACUUGGAAGAAACCAGGUGCGGCUAUUUUUUUCUGAAGGCGGUCAUAGCUGAAACAAUUGUUUUUAAUCGUGGUCCUUUCGAAUCGCUUACAUUUUUGACAGUUAAAGGCAGUGUCCGGGCAAAAACUCGAUUUUGA